AUGAGGAGCUUGUACGUAUCUGUAGUUCUGCUGCAGCUCAUUGGGACUUCUUUAUGCCAGUUCCCUCGCCCGUGUGCCAACUCAGAGGGACUCCGGACCAAAGAGUGUUGCCCGCCGUGGGAUGGUGACGGCUCAGCCUGCGGCGCCCUGUCAGGCCGUGGUUUUUGCACUGAGGUGGAAGUCUCAGAAGAGCCCCAUGGGCCCCAGUACCCACACAGUGGGAUUGAUGACAGAGAGCGCUGGCCUUUAGCUUUCUUCAACCGGACGUGUCGUUGUGCUGGAAACUACGGAGGUUUUAACUGUGGUGAAUGCAGGUUUGGUUACUGGGGUUCAAACUGUGCUGAGUACAGGGAGUCAGUGCGCCGGAACAUCCUGACCAUGUCACCUGUUGAGCAACAGAAGUUUACCUCUUAUCUGAACCUGGCAAAGAACACCAUCAGCCGUGACUAUGUGAUCUCCACGGCAACAAGAGCAGAGAUGGGUGAAAAUGGUGAGAACCCUAUGUUCUCUGACAUCAACACCUAUGACCUGUUUGUCUGGAUGCACUACUAUGUGUCCCGGGACGCCUUCUUGGGAGGGCCAGGGAACGUAUGGAGGGACAUCGACUUUGCCCAUGAAUCUGCAGCAUUUCUGCCGUGGCACCGAAUCUACCUGCUUCACUGGGAGAAUGAGAUAAGGAAGCUGACGGGAGAUUUUAACUUCACCAUCCCAUACUGGGACUGGAGGGAUGCCCAGUCCUGUGAGGUGUGCACCGAUGCUCUGAUGGGCGGACGCAGCCCCCUCAAUCCAAACCUCAUCAGCCCUGCUUCAGUCUUCUCCUCAUGGAAGGUGAUCUGCACCCAGCCAGAGGAGUACAACAGUCGAGAGGCAUUGUGCAACGGCACUGGGGAGGGUCCACUGUUGCGUAACCCUGGCAACCAUGAUACCAACCGUACGCAGAGACUCCCCACAACAGCUGAUGUGGACUUCACUGUGGGCCUCCCCCAGUACGAGACGGGACCCAUGGACCGAUUUGCCAAUAUGAGCUUUAGAAACGUCAUCGAGGGUUUUGCCAGUCCAACAUCAGGUAUGGCGUUGUCAGGCCGGAGCACCAUGCACAACGCCCUGCAUGUCUUCAUGAACGGCUCCAUGUCCUCAGUGCAGGGUUCAGCCAACGACCCCAUAUUCCUGCUGCACCAUGCUUUCAUUGACAGCAUCUUUGAGCGCUGGCUCAGAGCCCACCAGCCUGUCCGGACCAACUACCCACGAGCCAAUGCUCCCAUUGGCCACAAUGAUGGGUACUACAUGGUGCCCUUCCUGCCUCUCUUCAGAAACGGAGACUACUUCCUGUCCAACAAGGCUCUGGGAUUUGAGUACGCCUACCUGUUGGACCCUGGCCAGAGGUUUGUUCAGGAGUUCCUGACGCCUUACCUCCAGCAGGCCCAGCAGAUCUGGCAGUGGCUCCUGGGAGCCGGGAUCCUCGGGGCGUUGAUCGCCGCAGUCUUCGCUGCACUGCUUAUUGUUGCAAGAAGGAAGUGGAAGCGUAACCAGAGGAGGAAGAGGGUGCUGAGCUACGGAGAGAGACAGCCAUUACUGCACAGCAGCUCAGAGGAAGGCUCGUCUUCAUAUCAGACGACUCUGUAA